AUGUCCUUCAAGGAGUCGUCGUACAGCCCGCAAAAUGAUCAUGCUCCGGUCAAGUUGCCCCCGAUUUCGUUUCUUUCCACGAAGUUAGGGACAUCGGACAAGGAAGACGAAACCAAAAGCCGUCCCGAGAGUCAACAAUUGCCUUCUCUGUCAUCCAUCAACUCUGGUGAAUUUCAACUGCCUUCGAUAUCCUCGUUGGCUUCGGGCGUUGACUCGACAAAACUGCCCUCCAUUGUUUCGAGCAAGUCUCCUGAACAGCCGCUAGACCAGAAAUUGCCACCUUUGAAAGCGUCGGCAUCACCUUCUUCCACAAACAGCUCGUCUUCAUCCAGGCAGCAAAUGAAUAGCGUUAGCCCCCCUCGCGAGGGUGAAAAGGGAGACAAGUGCCGCCAUCAUAAUCGUGUGCACGAUCAGCUUACGACACAUUUGAAGGAAGCGCAACAGCAUCUCAAAAACGGUGGACAUAUCCAUAUCGUGCACCAGCCUCACGGUAACCACCAUCAUCACAAAGUUCUAGUGCACAAUCCUAAUGAGACAUCAUCUGAUGUUCCACCGCCACAGGGGAACGACACGACAAUCAUACAGAACGACUCUACCAUAAUUGACCCCAACGCGACAGUGCCCCAGGACCAGUCGUUGGUACACCAGACAUCCCCGAAACAGAGCACAGAAACAACAAAAGAAACAUUCAAACACCGGGAGAUAACCAUCGACUCAAAAGAAACACUAUUGCUCGCCGCAAAAUUCCCAAGAAAACACCUGGGGUCGAUAAUAUACCAGGGCUAUCCCACAAAGGAGACCCGUUGCAUGUACUUGCAAAAUAUAGAACCGGAACACGUGCGUGAGAGCUCGCAAGUGGACAAUGAGUUUGUCUCUAAGAGAGUGGAACUUCUUCCUGCAUACUUCGCAAACUACAUCAACUGUACAGUGGAUAUUCACAUCCCAUACCAGUGCAUUCCCGACAACGUCAACGUGUACGACCGCAGAAUAUGGGGGACGGACAUUUACACGGACGACUCCGAUGUUGUGGCCAUGCUGUACCAUUGUGGAGUGCUCAAGUCGGCCGACCCUACUGCUCCGGAGUCUGGGCUGUCCACCCGUACACCAGAAGAUAGCGCAAAAUCCGGGGAAACUGUCAUCGAUAAAGAAAAGGGGACUAUAAAAUUCUCCCGACACACGGGUCCUCUGACUCCCGGAAACCUGGAGAACCGCUCGAAUGUGAUCAGGCAGCAUGUGGAUUCGAGCGACGCAAACGAUUUAGUGGUGACUUUGCUGAUUCUGCCUCGUCUCGGCGUGUACCAGGGGACAUACAGAAACAACUACUACUCCAGAACUUGGGGAAGUAAUGGCCGUUUGCAUAAUGGUGUUUCGAUUGCCCUUUAUGCGGUGAAAUGGUGCAAGUUGGGUGGUUCAUAUGACGGCCUGAACUACGGCUCUUUCCGCAAAAGAUUACUGAGCGAGCGCAUCGAGCUUUCCCAAAAGCUCCUUAAGACAUCGAGCGAACAGGGGGCUGUUUCUGGCUGGAAGCUUGAUCCUAAAUACUAUAAAGAGUUCAAGUAA